AGAUUUUAUUUUUAAAUGCAUUAAAAGUGCCCUAUAGCAGGAACAGCAUUUGCACAUCCACAGAUAAUCUCCCCCCCACACAAUAGUAGGUCACAUUAAGAUAUAAUGAGGAUUCAGAAUUGUUGAGCUUUGCAGCUAAAAGCAGCAACAGUGAAUUUGCCCCUGGUAGUCAAUGGCCUGUCUUUUUCAUUCAGCGCAGCAAAAAAAAAAUCUGAUCUGAUCUCGGAUCAUGGUUCAGAGCAGUUUCCAUCAGCUUUAAUUAUAAAGGAUUGACAAUUCAUCUGAAGUCCAAAAUAACUGGUUUACAGUCACAUUGGAGAGAGCUUUUGUAAUGCUGUUUUGUCACCACCCUGUCUGACCCAGCUGGCCCUUAGCAGCACUUAUCAAAAGCAUGACUACUGCAAAAUGCUUCAGAUCAUUAACCAAAUAAACAUACUUGAAAGUGUCUUUAAAUGGUCAACUUCUAAAGUUACUCCUUCAUCAAGUAUAUGAACUCAUCCAGUUUACUGACUGACAGAAGUUGAGUCUUGAAUGAUCAGCUCUCUUGUUGCUCAUUGGCUGUCUCGUUUUUAUUGCAGGAAGUUCCCUCUGAGGCAGGGAGUGUCUGCAUAUAAAAUGGUCUGCAGUUCACUGCUCCAUAGAUGCCACCUCUUCCACCUCCAGCCCCCCUGCCUCUUCUUCCCUGGACAUGGGAGUCCCAACCGCUGGCCCCUCCACAUCACCCUCAGACCAUCUCAAGGUUCCCCAGCAUCUCCACUCCACUGGAGGGGAAGGCGCCGGAACUUCAGAGAUGCAAGGUAUGGAGGGUUCUGUAUCCGGCCCAGGCAGAGGCAUCAGCGGAGCAAGCGCCACAGCAGGAGACAUAGGUUCAGGAGUGUUGUCAGGACUAGGAGUCCAGCAGCCUCAGAACACACCAUCCAAGCGGAGGCCCGUGUUGAGCAUAUCUCCACCACCCGAAGACCUAUUUGAUGACAGCCAGAUGUCUUGCCAAGAGGAGCCUACCAUAUCUGGUCCACUGGGUCCAGACUCUGAGCACAGCAGCAGCAUGUGGGCUGACGAUUCAGUUUCAAACUUCAGCUUGACCAGCUCCAUCUCCUACAACGACAACACAGAGGUGCCACGCAAAUCUAGAAAACGUACCCCUCGCCAGCGGCCUGGCCCAAAGCCUGCUCCUCCAGAAGACAGCAUGGAUGUGUUUGAUGCUGACAGUGCCAAGGCCCCGCACUUUGUCCUCUCACAGCUGAGCACAGACAAGACCAGUUCCAUAGCCAGCUCUCUUGAUUCAGGGACUGCAGUGAAGGGUGGGUCACUCUCUGCUCAGUUCCCCCAGAGGAGUGAUGGGAAGGAACUGAAGAUCCUGGUGCAGCCAGAGACCCAACACAGAGCUCGCUAUCUGACCGAGGGCAGUCGGGGUUCUGUCAAGGACCGCACACAGCAGGGAUUCCCCACUGUAAAGUUAGAGGGUGUGAAUGAGCCAGUUGUGCUGCAGGUGUUUGUAGCAAAUGAUGCGGGCAGAGUGAAACCUCAUGGAUUCUACCAGGCUUGUAGAGUGACUGGACGCAACACCACUGCGUGCAAAGAGGUGGACAUUGAAGGCACAACUGUUAUUGAGAUCCCUCUGGAGCCGAGCAAUGACAUGACACUUGCGGUGGACUGUGUAGGAAUCUUGAAGCUGCGUAAUGCAGACGUGGAGGCCCGUAUUGGUGUGGCAGGUUCUAAGAAGAAGAGCACCCGUGCCAGGCUUGCUUUUAGAGUAGGCAUCCCCCAGUCUGAUGGAUCCAACCUCACUCUGCAGGUUCCUUCAUCCCCCAUUCUCUGCACCCAGCCAGCUGGAGUGCCAGAGAUUCUGAGGAAGAGUCUUCACAGCUGCUCAGUGAGAGGAGGAGAGGAAGUUUUUAUCAUUGGAAAGAACUUCCUCAAAGGAACUAAGGUUGUUUUUCAGGAGAACAUUGCAGAUGAUAAUUCCUGGCAAGCCGAGGCAAAGAUUGACAUGGACCUUUUCCAUCAGAACCAUUUGAUCGUGACAGCCCCUCCAUUUCACAACCAGUCCAUCACUUCUCCCGUGUCUGUGGGUAUCUAUGUGAUGACCAAUGCUGGAAGAUCACAUGAUGCUCAGCCCUUCACCUACACUCCAGACUCAGCUGAUGAUUCAAAUGUCCAGACAGUAAAAACAGAGGGGUCCUCUCUGGUUAAGACGUGUUUAUUUGACGGUCAGAUGAAAUCUAUGUCCGCUGAGCGAACUGACUGCUCGGGUCAGCCUUCCAAACAGGAGGACACACCGAUGGAAGUAUCUAGCAAUCCAGCACCUACAGGUGUCUUUAAACCAUCCCCAGACCCUCUUGCCUCAGUCCAGCAGACCCUGGAGCUCAGCUCUAGUCCUCAUCCAGGAGGAGAGUCCUUUCAAAACCCAAUGCCCUUGCAAUCUGAAGAUGUGGAGCUUCCCCAAGCGCCCCCUGUUUUUCCCACCCUAGAGUCUCUCAGUACCAUACAAAAGCAAGACAUUGCAUCUCCAGCAUCCUUUCCAGUGUCAGGAGACACCACAAUCCCUCCUGUGACACCAGAUGUCCCUCAGCAAUUCCUUCGAGAGCCUCAGGAAAGCCUGUCUCCUGAGAAUUCCAGCAAUAAUGGAGGGGCCGUGGUGGUGUCCAUGCCCCAGAUAUCAGCUCCAUCUCAGCCACAGCCUCAACAGUCACAGGUUCCCUUGUUCCCCCAGGAAGGGGUGGCCCAGCUUGAGAGGGCAGUAAGGGAGCUACAGGCCGGAGGUAACACCACACUCCAGCAGGUGUUGGAGGCAGCAGUAGCCCAGCAGCAACUAAACUCUGUGCUGUACAGCCCCUCACCCUCUCCAGACUCUCUUCAGCAGCAUGUCCAAGAAAACAUGAACAGUCUUCGAUUGGGAACCGCAGAUAAUUCCCUGUCUCCACAACAACAGUUACAGAUGCAACAGCAACAGCAAAUGCAACAACAACAGCAGCAGCAACAGCAACAGAUAGAGCAACAGUUUCAACAGCAUCAACAACUGCAGCAACAACAGCAGAUCCUUGGUAACAUUCAGCAUCAACAGCAGCAGCAACAUCUACAACAGCAACAGCAAGUACUUACCAACAUGCAGAUCCAACAACAACUCAUGGAGAACAUUCAACAGCAGCAACAGUUACAACAGAAUCAACAACAGCAAGUCCUUAACAUUCAGCUUCCAGAUCAGCAACAACAGAAUCAAAUGCUCACCAAUUUACAACACCAUCAACUACAACAGCAACAGCAGCAACAACAAAAUCAAGCACUGAGCAACUUACAACAGCAGCAGCAACAACUGCAAGAGCAGCAGGUCUUGGAGAAUUUACAGCAGCAGUUUCAGGCUGAGUUGCUCCAGCCACAGAUCCACUCCACAUCACAAGUCCAGCAGCCAGUGUCCCUCCUACAACAGGCCGGAGAGCUGCUCACCAUUCAGACCAGCUUCCCAACGCAGCCUCCAUCCCACACAUCCCCCCCACAACAGCUUUUCCAAUCACCCAGGCCCCUUGCUGAGACCCAAGAUUCCCAACAACAGGUCCAGGCUGCCCUGCUGCAGAAUACACUGACUGUUCUGACGGGUGGCAGUCUCGGCUCAGAGCAGCAGUCCACUGGGUCAACCAUUUACCUUUCCCCAAAUCCUCCACAACAACAGCAACAGUUGGCGUUCAUCUCAUCUAUGGAGACCUCGACCAACCAGCCUCAGUCUGUUACAGUGUUCCAGAACCAACCCCAAGCUCAGCUUUCCCAAAUGCAACAACAGAGCACCCCCAUGGAGCAACAGCAGUCUGCACAGCAGAACCAGCAACAACCACCACAGCUUUCCAUGGGCCAACAGGGCUCCUUGUUCCAAAGUAUUCCCAGCCACUCACAGGCCAACCCUGUGCCCCAGAGCCAACUCUCUCAGCCCCAGCAGACAGGCCUGCUCCUCUGCACAACAGAUCUUAACCAUCAGGUUAUUCCACCAACUCUACUCUUCAGCACCCAGAACCAAGGCCCUUCCCCUAUUGGGAGCAUUAGUGUUGGAAUCCCUCAGCCACACCCAGCAGAGCCCAUGUCAUUCCAAGACCAGAGCUCCUCAGGCAACAACUCAACAUCCAAUGAGAAUCAACAGCAGAGUAUGUUCCAGGAGCAGCAGCCGAUGCAGGUGGGCCCAAGCCCUGGCAGCGUCCCAAACGGCCAACCUGUAGAGCUGUUCCUACCACAGACAUCGCUGUCCGGCCUGCAGAGCACCAUUAGCUCACAGGAGCUGAACAAUCAGGCGGCCACCCCUGGCACAACCAUCUUUGUGGUUCAAGGUGGUAUGGGUGUUGUCGCCAACCCGGGCCAGCAGCCACCAGAGCAGCUUUUCCAGACGACCGUGGGUGGGAAUGUGGCUCCACAAGGACAAGCCAACCUGUUUGUGUUUGGCAUCCAGAAUGACUCCCCACAGCUGCUCAAUUCAUCCGGACCCCCCCUGCCCGCUCAGAGCCAGGCCCAGAACUCCAGCCACAUGCAGCCCCUGUUGGACCAGUCCAUGACCCAAGCUGCCUCCUCAAUGCCGGCCUCCAUGCACAGCAGCUUACAGAACACCCUCCAGGCACAAAUUCAGUCCAGUUUAGAGAACGCCAUGCAGACCAGCCUGCAAAACGCAAUGCAGACAAAUCCACAAACGGCCCUGCAGUCCACCUUACAGGCAAACAUAGAAACAAGCCUGCCGACUCCAAUGCAGACCAGUCUACAGACACAGAUGCAGAACAGCUUACAGAAUCAAUUGCAGGCAUCAAUAUCUGCGUCGUCAAGCAUGGAUAAAAUUGAGGACCUACUUGAAAGCCUACAGAAGUAGUAAAAAAAACAAAACAAUUGGACAGUGUGUUCCCAAACAAGAGUGAGUGAUAUGUAGCUGAAAGUUUUACAUCCUAAUAUUAACAAACAGGAGUGGCAGUGUGUGGUUUUACGCACCAGUGCCACAAAAAUGUCGAAACAUUUUAAAUAUUUAAAAAUCAAAUGCCCCUUUUAUCUAAAAACCCAAAUUAUGAUCUAAUUUAACUCUGUCAUUGUGACAUUUUUAUCAUGAAUUACAGCUUUCUUCAAUCCAUUGACCUUGAAUUGAUGAAGCCGCCUUUGUUAUUACCCCUCUUGCAGGAUCAGAGAGGCCUGUAAUAACAGCUUUAAACAUCAGUCUCAGAAAUGCAGUGUUUUGUUUUUUUGUUUUGUUUUUUUGUUAAUAAUGUGAGCCCAAGAGAUGAUUAUGAUACAUGUCUAUCAGGUUUAGUGGUGAAACUGGAAAGGGAUGAAGAAUGUCAGUGACACGGUGAAAUGGGGAAUAGAAAUGUGAUGGCGCUGAGGCUGUAAGUGCAGGCAGAGGGUAAAACAGACAGCCAGGGUGUGGGCAUCACAUUGCACAUACAGUUAAGUGUCAGAUGCAGGAAGAAUCUCAUUUUGUGAGCAUGAAAACUCACUUCACUCAAAAGCAGAGACUGUAAGGCUCUGUGUAUAUGGAGAGGUUACCUGGCAUUAGGACAGGAAUUAAGUAAUUUUGCAAUAUUAAAAGGUCCAGUGUGUAAGAAUUAAAGUGGAACUAAAGCUCUAAACUGCUUUUUUCAAGAAAAAACCAGUGUAUGUGGAUAUUUAGUAACGUUGUUUACUGAUCCAUGUGCACGUCUUCACCGUUUAGUGUUAAGUAUUGAAACAUGUGAUUAUCUAUCUAUGCCAUUAGCUAUUUUUAGUCCACUCUUUCAUCACCCUCUUGUCUAAUCAGCACAAAGCUUGUCCCAGACUCCUCCCCCUUUUUUCAAAAUGCUGGAGCUUUUGCUUUGUCGCCUCUAGGACAGAGUUCACAAACAGGCCACGCCCCCUCACUGCCCUGUAGUCUCCCUCACUCGGCUCUCAGCCCACUUCUUGGCUUUUUUUUUUGUUUUGUUUUGUUUAAUUAGGCACAGGGUGGAGUUAGCUGCAGUGGAGGAGGUUUAUUUACCAUUAAAGCCUCUUCCACACUAAAAUUAGCUUUGAUUUUUGACCACGUUGCCAUUACAAUUAAGCUCAGUGGCUUGAAUAGUGGUUCGCUGUGUUACUUGUUUUUGUCUCUCACACCUGUCCCUUGUUUUAAAGGCAAGGCAAGGCAGCUUUAUUUAUAUAGCACAUUUCAUACACAAUGGCAACUCAAUGUGAUCUACAUAAAACAAACAUUUAACAGCAAGAAUUAAACACAACGGCAUGUAAACGCCGCUAAUGGAAUUAAGCGUCCCGAGUUGUAAAAGUAUGAUUUGCUUGAAAACGUAAAUGGACAGCGGCUAUGCUAACAGCCACAAGAUGAAUACACAUCUCUGUCAUGGGCUGUAGAAAUCGAGAAAUGAGAAGAAAUGAGCAUGUUCACUUGGGUAUUAGUGUUCCUACUAACAAAAAAAUAAAAAUAAAUCUGUAUUUAGCUAUUAGUUUCAAAUGUAAAACACAUGCUUUUACUGGUUUGUCCCUUCAAAGCUACUGUAGAAACAUUGUAGCAUUUGCCUACAGUACAUAUACAAGGCUACGAAAACAAACGGUUUACACACACACACACACACACACACACACAGUUUCGGCCAAUAAACCCUCCUUAAUGUUACACACUGGACCUUUUAUUCUUCAAUCAUCUUUGUAGAUGUUUUUUCCAAUAAAUCAAACCCUCGUGUUUGCACAUGUCAGCAGUUGGAUUAAAUUAUACUCUAGGAGUAAGUAAGUGAAAUUUAUCUUCCAUUAAUUUGUAGAAUGUUUUGCUAUAGAUGGAGGACAGUUGAAUGUUGACGUCAGCUCUGCUAACACAAAAACAAAUAUGAAGUCAAAGUCCUUAAAAGUUCAGAGAGGGGAGUGAAUAUGAAACACUCAUAAAUGAGAUUCAACCUAAACGAAUAAUGUGACUUGGCCUUUUGUGGCCUUUUAAGCACCUGCCAGUGUUUAGGCCUCAUCCGCUUUCUUGGUGAAAUUCUCCAGAAGCGUCGUAGUGAGUCUAUCUUUUUUUUUUUCUUUCUUUCUUUCUUUCUUUUUUUUUCUGAAGUUGGCAACUUUUACCAAUCUAAAGUGAAUGGAAAAAGAAACUGUCCACUCGUGAAAAAUGGAGUGUUGUGUUUUUAUAAACAUUUUAUCUCAAGCACUUUAUAACCUCUUUUGUGUAACCAGCUAAUCCUUAUAUCCAUACACGGCUCUCUACUCACAAAAGCUGAAUUUGUACUCGGAAAUGUCCAGUAAAAAACAAACAAAAACAAAAAAAAAACGAGAAAAAAAACAAAAGACA